AUGGCUGGAGCUCUGAAGGGCCCAGGUCCCCUGAGCCAGGAGGAGAGGAAGAAGUCCAAGGAAAGAUGCUGUCCUGGAGCUGGCAGUCACCCCUACUUCAACCUGCCCGACUUCACCCAGCCAUCACCCCCUUCCACUCCGCCCAGCCUCCUCUCGCACCAGUGCUGCCAGCCCUCCAAUGCCACCAAGGGUCUGCUUGUGGCCCUGCUGGGUGGGACCCUGCCUGCUGGCUUUGUGGGCCCGUUCUCCCAUACGGCUUACCAGACUUCCCACUUACCCUCACUGGGGCUGCUCAUCUGUCGCUGCCUCUUCCACCUUCCCAUUGCCCUGCUACUUAAACUGCGUGGUGACCCACUGUUGGGACCUCCCGAUGUCCGGGGCUGGACCUGCCUGCACACCCUGCUCAACGUCCUCAGUAUUGGAUGCGCCUAUAGUGCUGUUCAGGUGGUGCCUGCUGGCAAUGCUGCCACCGUCCGGAACGGUUCUUCCACUAUCUCCUCUGCUCUCCUUGCCCUCUGCCUUGAGAGUCAGGGUCUCAGCGGUUAUGACUGGUGUGGCCUGUUGGGCAGCACCCUGGGACUAAUCAUUUUUGUGGGACCUGGACUAGGGACACUGCAGGAGGGGACCACAGGCCUCUACACUGCCAUGGGCUAUGUGCUCGCUUUCCUAGGUGGCCUAGCACUAUCGCUGGGGCUUCUGGUAUAUUGCUCCCUGAACUUCUCCUCCUGCCUACUGACAGUGGCCUUCCUGUUUGGCUUGGUGGGGCUGGUGGGCUCCGUACCGGGCCUCUUUCUGCUGCAGACCCCCGUGCUGCCCAGUGAUCCUCUGAGUUGGAGCUGUGUGGGAGCAAUGGGGAUCCUCGCCCUGGUCUUUGCGUGUGUGAGCUAUGUGGUCACCAAGGCUCACCCUGCCCUGGUGUGCACUGUCCUGCACCCUGAGGUGGUGGUGGCCCUGAUGCUGCAGUGUUAUGUGCUCUAUGAGACUGUGGCACCUUCUGACAUCAUGGGGGCAGGGGUAGUGUUGGGCAGCAUUGCCAUCAUCACCGCCCAGAACCUCAGCUGUGAGAGGGAAGGGCAGGUGGAGGAGUGAGAUCAUCUUGAGAGGCUGAGGGUUGGGGAGGGGGACGGGGUAAACAGGAGAGAAUGGAAUACAAACAUGGGAGAACAAGUGACUGGAAAAGAACUGGUGUGGGAGAGGAUCAGCCUUUGGAGUCAAGGGUAACUUGGGGAUUUGGUGGAGAGGGACUGCCUAGAAGACCAAGAGGUGUGGAGUCCUGGCUGGGGCUUGGGGACGAGGCCUUAACUAAGGGGUAAGGUCUGAGGAGCAGAUGCGAGGGGCUGAAGCAGGCAGGCCAUGAGCCAUGGGAGGAUUUUCCCCUCUCCAUCAGAGAGAAGAGCAUUGGGGCUGGAAUGUUUGGGGCUUUCAGGCAAACAGAGCAAGCAGCCGCACUGGGGGAAGGGAAUCUGCCUUUUUUUCCUUGAGGGAAGUUUCCCUUCCUGGUGGUUGUGUCUCCCGCCCCCAACUUGGAGUGGUGAGGUGACACUGACAUCAAACAAGGAUCACUCUGAAUGUAUCUGUGCAGUUGGUGUAAUCUUUGCUUUGGAAAGAUAGUGGAAGUCCUACCCCUCGUAUUGGAGAAUACCUUGGGAUCCACCCCUCCAUCUUAUUUCUGAAAUAUUCUAGAAGGGAGAGGAUUUUCUAACGUUCAGAUGCCUUGACCCUGAAUACCCCAGGGCCCGCCCCAUGGCUAAUCUGCUUUUCCUGGAUUGUCGUGGUCCCGUGAUCUUUCUCCCGGACAGCGGCCAGCAGCCAGCCUCCUUCCGGAGCAGGCCUCUGAGCUGAGGUCUCUUCGAACGGCUCAGGCCGGAGAUCCAGGACCAGAGUUCCGUACAGCGCUCCAUUAGAGGCCAGGAGAUGGCCAACCGGCGCGGGAGGCCGCUCGACACACACCAGCUACUUCUGGAUAAGCACUAGGCCUCGCC